AUGGUGCAGGUUCUUUUAGGAGAAAAACAGUUUCAUACUCUGUACUUUAUACUCUAUCCAGGACAUAUUGAACAACACUGGAAUGUCAUUAAAUUAUUUUUCUUAGACUUUAAUAUAUUCACUAUUUGUAUAUCCUUUCUUGUUCUUCCUUUUUUCCUCCAUUUCCCUCGAAGAAAUUUUCAGCAGUAUAAAUUCACAGUUACAAUAUGUUAUGUUUCUGUUGUGAUCAAUGUUAGUUCUAUGACAGACAACCUUUCAAAUAUAUUUUAUAAACAAAUACUUAACUUACUUUGCUCAGCUGGCAAGGACAGCAUUAUAACCAAAAUUCUUUUAAACUACAAUAUUUGUUCUGCACAAAUACACUUAAAUGACAGGAGCUUUCGUUCACAUCCAGGAAGGUGGUCUUCUGCAUUUGUGGAUGUUGCUGGGAGACGACAACGAUCAGUUUUAUUGAAAGACUUAGAUUUUGAAGCAGCAAAACUUCUUUAUCAAGAUAACAAUCGAAAAGGAGCAGGAUUGUAUCCCUGCAGAGGAUGUGGAAAAGUGUAUCGUUGGUAUCGAAAUCUUUCUGUACAUCAAAAACUGGAAUGUGGGAAAGAGCCACAGUUUCAUUGUCCAUACUGCAUAGUCAGGACAACCCAGAAGAGCAGCUUGAUUAGACAUAUCAGACAAAGGCACUCAGAGAGUCAACAACAAAUGAUCAGUAGUGACAUUGAGUUCUCCUAGAAUUUCAUAGAUUUAUCCUCAAAAAUGAAUAUUUCUUUGAUCGAUUUUCCCUUCAAUGACUACUAUUGCUUAUAACAUUAUGGCUGAAAUUGUACAACAGUUAUACCACAAACCAGAUAAGAAAGAAAAUUUCAUAUUAUGUUACCAUGUAAACAUUUACAGAGUGACAUAAGUUAAAAAAUUAUUCAAACCAAUGUUGUCCCUUAGAAUGCAGUGACUGUAAGGAGAAGAAUUUAUAUGAUAAAUGAAAAGUACCAGUUUGCUUUUGUUCUACAAUAUUACUUUUAUUGUGUUAACCGGUUUUCGGCUUAUAAGACCAUCUUCAUACAUUUACUGAGUAUUGUCCCCAAAGAAGUUAUAAUGUUUGUAAACAACAUUGUAAGAGAAAUAACACA